AUGCGCCUACACCUCGUUAUCUCGCGCCACGGCCUCCCGGUCACGCGCAUUUUGUGGACAACGGGCUUGUCGUCUGCGUUGCCCGAAUAUGGCACGCCGCGCCCAGCCUCGGCGUCGAUGAUUGCGUCGUCCCGGACCCCGAAUGCUGCCUUUCCGGCCGGCGGUUACACUAUCGCGCAGCUACUAGAGGAUGUCAAUGAAGUUGUUCCGCUGGAGACGGAGCCAACCAUGUUCGACCCGGAGUUCAGUGGCCAGUGGGGACUGGAAGACUACGUGGUUGAAGUCGGCGGGUCGGAGUGCCUGCACUUUAUGGACGUGGAUGGGCUACUGCGGGAAGGAGAUGAAGUUGUCAUUCGAGCUCUGCAGCUGGCGGAUCUCCGGGCACGGCGGCUGUGCGGUCGUCACCAAAUUACCGCUGAUGGUAAACAUCUGAUCGACGGUGUUCCUUUCGGCCUGCCAUUUUUGAAACGCACGACGUCUAGUCGACCUGCGAUUACCAUUCCUCCGCGGAAGAAACGGCGCACGCUUUUCUCGGGCUGGGAGCAGGGACCGGACCUUGGCCACGAAGAUGGUAGGGUCGAUGCGGAUGAAGAAGGCGAUGGAGAAUGGCUGCCUCCAGGAGACACCGGCUUUGGCAAGGAACUUUCGAUUAUGCCCCCAGAGCAUGAAGUCUCUGAUAUAGGCACAGUCAUUCGACACCCUGUCAACUAUUCUGAUGAUACGGACAGCGAUAUUGGAGGGUCUGAUAUUGAGGAGGAUGAGCUUGAAAAUGAGCUUCAAGCCCUUAAAGAGGAUUUUGAAGAAUCUGCAUCCCAGUUCAUCGACAUCCGGAGACAGGGACAGGUGUGCUCUGGGCCUUCAUUACGCUCCAGCUCUGUGGCCAAACGACCAUCCUCGGCGGACACUCAGCGUAGAAGCUCAUUAGCCGGUGCAUCUUCUCUUUCUAGCAAACGAUCUCGUGGCGAAGACACCUCGCCAAGAACUUCGAAAGCUGUGCGAUUUAAUAAAGAACAAGGCGUGCCAGCAGCUGUGGAAUCGGUGCGAUCUGAAGAAAUCGUGGGUGCUACAUCAGAGUCCGAUUCAGAUUCAGAUUCCGGUUCUGACUCGGACUCGGACUCCGCAUCUUCGUCAUCUGCCGACUCGAGCGAAGCAUCAUCAGACAGCGACUCAUCAGGCGAUGAAGCCGCAGCUCCUUCAUCAUCCGCUGACUCGGAUGAUUCCAGCUCAGAAGAUUCAUCUUCGGAAUCAGAGAGAGAACAAGCCCCACCCAAAGUUUCAGAGAAAACACGUAUGUCUCUCAUCGUCAACCCCCCGGGUGAGGGAUCCAUACGAACCAAGAAAAGCAAUCAUCGCUUCAAACUCCGUCGUCGCCUCUCUAAGCUCAAGGAGCUCGGAGUCCUCCCCGAGGAGGCAGACUUCGCAGCGCUUCGCGCGUGGGAAGAAGCUAACGGAGGCUUUCACAUUGACGAGUCAAGUAUCAUAUCAGCCGCGCCCAUGAGCAAAGCACAGAAGAAAGAACAAGAGCAGCGUGAAUUCGAAGCCAAGCGACAGAAGCUGCUUCGAGAUCUCGCAAGUGGUGGCGUUGAUAUUGAUGAGGCUUCAGAGAAGGAGAAUGUGCCCCCUCAGCCUGAGGCUGCAGCUGCGGUUGAAAAGACUGUCACGGAGGAGCUUGUUGAGGAAAAGAGCCCCGGAGUUGAACGCGCUGAUCGACGAACUUUGGACAUCGCUAGCUCUCGACGACUUCUCUUUGGGUCUUUAGGUCUUCGUACGCCAAAAACCAAGGAGGACGAAGAAGCUACACGAAGAAAGUUGGCUGCACAGGCUAGCACGGUGCACUCUCGCAGGAAGACUGUGGAGAGGCAGCCGGCGGAGGCAGAAGAGGAAAAUGACGAAGAUGAAAGCUGGGAAAACAAGCUUGUUAUCAAAGCUACGGAGUGUUUGUAUGAUGAUAUCCAGAUGACCGGGCCACCUUUCCCCUUCGAGCAGCGCUGGGACGAGGAGGCGAACGCAGCGAUCGGCCAGUUAAAGGGUUGGGGCAAGAAGCGAAAGCGCAAGCAACGAAUUCAGGUCUACCACGAGGAUGAGGACCAGGAUGAGUAUCAAGAUGGCACCGGUGCUUACGAAAACAACGCUCCUCUCAACUAUGAUGAUGCAGAGUAUGGAGUUUGGAACGACGCCGAGGAUGAGGAAAACUAUGAAGACCAUUUACCCUCGACGGAAGACCUCCCUACCAUCCCCAAUGAUCUGAGUACUGUGGCAGAUUUGCUUGAGUGUGAAGCGAAGGUUGGGGCAAUCAUCGCAUUCCGGCAGCUUGAUAUGUCCAAAGCAACAAACUGGCAGCCCCGGAUGUCUGAGUAUCGAGUGGCAGAGGUACAUGAAGUCCUUGGGAAUGGCAUAAUGAACGUUCGACUUGCGGUACGUGACCGACGACCAAAGGCAGAUCUACAUGACCCGGAGGACGACGGACCGCGACUAUACGACAAGUUUGAGAUGCCCGGAAUGGACGAGGAGGACGACGAUGGCUACCGAGAGCUCGCUUUUGCGGAACUCAACGAACCGAAGCUUCUUCGGCCCGCGCCGUGGGUUAUUGAUGCCGAUACGGAGGACAAGGAUAAAGACAGUGCUCAAGAAAAUAGCAUUGUCUCCGUAGUCGAGGACUCCAUGCCAAAUCCCCAGCCAAGCUCGCCACCGCCUCCUCUUGACAUGGACCUCGAUGAAACCACGUAUGUCACCAUCGAUGACACGACAUUCGUCACUCUCGUUACGGCUGCUAGUCGUCCACAGUCGCCGAAUGAGGCUCAGGCUAGAGCCCCUGUUAUUCCAUCCAUACAAUUUCCUGCCCGAGAGAAUUUUCAACGAACUCAAGGCCAAGAUCCCGAUGACGAACAUAGCGAUAGGCCUGCUAUUCCUUCUCCAUCUUUCUCUGGGUUCCAUUCUGCUCGGUCGUCUCCUGGCACACGGCUAGGCUCUCAUUACAAUCUGGAGGCUGAGGAAGCUAACUUAGAUGGCCGAACUCUUAUCGAGGAACCAUCUAUGCUCGUUGAAAAUUCCAAUCAAGACAUGUCGGCACUCUCCUUUUUGUCCGCCAAUCAAUCCAUCUUAGACAUGGCCGAAGACAGCCAUCAGCAUGAUCGCCAAGUUGUGGACGAGCUUCCUGCUACGGAGUUCGGAGCCAACGAUUCACUCAUAUCCGUGGUUCACAAUCCGCUCGGGUCUGAUUCAAACAACCCGUCGCCUUCCAGGAGUAUUGUUGAAGAGAGCCCCGGUGCACGAAAGGCAAGCCCACCGAAGCCUCCCGUCUCAUGGGGAAGUAGUUUGGGUAUGUUGCAAAGUGACCAACAGGAGCUGGACAACACAGACCAAGAAAAAGACGAGGGAGAUGAUCAUCGAAAAGAUGACCUCGAAGAUCUUGAUCCUUUGGUCCAUAGCGACCAGAGUCACCAUCUCUCUCCACAGCGGUCCCCAUCUCACUCUAGCUCCCGCUCCUCGCGCAAGCCAUCCAGAAACGCACAACCUCUCCAUCCCAAAGCAGAGUCUUUGUUCGACUACGACUCGCCUGGGGCAUCAAUCCGCUCCAAACUCCGCAUCUCCCACUCCCGGCGCAACCAAUCCCAAACAUCCGAAAUCAUCGACCUCACUCAAAGUCCACUACCAGAUACCAGCGAGCAAAAUCUUCCGCCGCAGCCCAGCAACUCUGGCUGGAUUGCUGAGCCAGCUGCUGACGGCGACGUCCUGCCCCAGUCCUCGGAGUCGCACACCCGCAAAUCAGGCAAAAUACAGCGUAUGGCAGAGGUCAGUAUUGGUCCUCAGACGAGUCAGAAGAAGAAGAAAAGGCGGUCGUCACGGAAGUUCUAG